AUGUCAUACCCCGCGCUGUUCACGAAGCAUAUAACGGAAGCAUUCGAUACCGUCGACAUUGACCUCUUCGCGGACGCCAAGACUGCCCAGGCCCCCAUUUACUGCAGUCUAGAACCAAACGCACCUCUCCACGAUGCAUUCGAACAAUCAUGGAAACAGGAUAGGAAAUACCUAUACGGUAACAUUCCAUUCCACAGCAAGACUACCUGGCGGGAGUCGCUACUGAAACUAGAACGAAAAAACGAGCUAAUCACGAUGAUCUUCCCAGUAAUACCAGGCCAGCGCAACUACAAACAGAUACUACUACAACUGAAUUCACAUGUCGAGAUCAUUCGUACAAACGAGCACACUUUCCUACAAAACGACACCAACGUCACCGGACCACUGUCCAAAUGGCGCUACAUAUGUUUAGCCAGAGUUGGCAACACAAAAUACUCUAUCCUACCCACAGAUGACCUGAUGUCGGCCGAAGCGGAUGUGGUAGCUCAUCCACAUGCAUAA